UCGAAACAGUUAAACAGAACAACAACAACAACAGCAGCAGAACAGUUUUCCUCCUCCUCCGUGCGGCUGACCUGCGAAUUCUCGUUCUUUGCAUUACGGUCGUUCUUGUUCUUGCUCCGCCUUCCCUUCUCUCUCUCUCUGAAUGCAUCGCUCCGCAAUCUCUCCGACGCGCCCUCUCCCUCUCUUCCUCGCGACCUUAUCCGAAAACCCUCCUCUCAGAAUCCCGAUUCCGCCGGCCUCGCCUCUCCACGCGCGGUGGCAUCCUCCCCUUUGCGCCUCCGCCUCCUUCGGCUGCCGGGACGACGGCCGUUCUCUCGCCUCCGCCGCCGCCGCCGCCGGGCUCCUCCGCCGCUCGGCCUUGUCCGGCUUCGCGACCGCCGGCUACGGCGGCUGCUGCUUGAGCGAUGAGACGGUGCGGGGCGUCGCGGCGAAGGACGUCGAUGUCGCCACGCUCGGGAAUCUCUGCGUCGACAUCGUCCUCAACGUCCCUGCUCUGCCCCCGCCGUCGAAGGAGGAGCGGAAGGCUUAUAUGGAAGAGCUGUCUGCUUCGCCCCCCGAUAAGCGAUACUGGGAAGCUGGAGGCAACUGCAAUACUGCUAUAGCAGUGGCAAGACUAGGGCUCAACUGCACUGCAAUUGGUCACGUGGGUAACGAAAUUUAUGGGAAGUUCCUCAUGGAUGUCCUUCAUGAUGAGGGCAUUCGUAUGGUUGGGAUGAUUGAAGAUGCCAAUGUGGACAACUCCAGUUCCUCGUAUGAAACACUUUUGUGCUGGGUUCUUGUGGAUCCAUUACAAAGACAUGGUUUUUGCAGUCUAGCUGAUUUCAGAAACGAACCUGCACUCAGUUGGAUGAAUAAACUCUCUGCUGAAGUAAAGCUGGCUAUUACGCGGUCAAAGAUCUUAUUCUGCAAUGGUUAUGGCUUUGAUGAACUGUCCCCUAAUUUAAUUACCUCAGCUCUAGAUUAUUCUGUUGAGGUUGGUACAUAUUUUUUUGACCCGGGACCACGAGGAAAGAGCCUUUCCAAAGGAACACCAGAAGAACAGAGGGCACUUAGAAAGUUUCUGCAGAUGAGUGACGUUCUUCUUCUUACUUCUGAUGAGGCUGAGUCACUGACUGGAAUUAAAAACCCGAUUCUAGCUGGACAGGAGUUGCUAAAGCAAGGUGCACUUAUGAAGUGGGUUGUCAUUAAAAUGGGCGCUAGAGGUUCCAUCAUCAUCACAGGAUCAAGUAUAUCUUGUGCACCUGCAUUCAAGGUGGAUGUUGUCGACACUGUUGGCUGUGGAGAUAGUUUUGUAGCUGCUAUCGCCUACGGUUUCAUCCAUAAUAUUCCAUUGGUCAACACAUUAGCACUUGCGAAUGCAGUUGGUGCUGCAACAGCGAUGGGUUGUGGCGCAGGCAGGAAUGUGGCAAAAUUAGAUCAGGCUAUAGAACUCAUGAAAGCUUCAAAUCUCAAUGAAGAUGACAAAUUUUGGAACUUAAUUCUUGGUGAGAAACUGGAUUCUUGUGAAAUUAGCAUUCUUUCAGGGAUGGUCAUCAACGGGAAGAGUAGUGCUCAGGUGAAUCGGGUACCCUUGCGAACAGUGGUCUCUGAACUGCUGCCUGAGCUUGAGCCUGCACAGUUAAAGAGUUCAGUUACACUUUGAUUGGAUAAAUUGCAUUAAUAUCUCAGCUCCAUGAUCAUCAUGUCCAGAUUAAGCUUAAGCGUAGAUCAUGUUGCUACUGAACAGGAAGCUAGGCCUCAAGGUGAAAGGUGAAACUUAGAGGGUUUCCUGAGAUGAAGUCUGCCUAGGCCAUUUUUUGGGGAAGCUCUAGUUUUCACUAAGUGAAAAACGGUACUCGAGAUCAAGCUUUUGUUGGCUUAUUCUUGUGCUCUUUUCUUUUUGGGGGUCUCAAUAGCUGCUUUGCUGCUUUGCUGCUAUGCAUCACUUCUUAGAGGUUCUUGUGCAGUUAUGCACAACGCAAUUGCUUCAUCAUUCUUAGGUUAUGAUGGCCAAUUUCUUUCAAAGCUAAGACUGGAAAUGAAGAGGACGGGGCUUCCUCCUUUUGCAUUGAACUUCAUCUUCAAGUUAUCACAAUUUUAUAAUUUGAUAGAGAAAUGAAUCCUUCGCCACUGGACUCGGCACUGAAAGCAGGCAUUGGAAUGGAAUCUUUUACUUUUCUGUUA